AUGAAUUCCAAUGUCAACUUUGAGUGUUUCUUCAACAACUAGUCUGCGUAUUUGACAUGCGAUCAAAAUUGUUUGGAAGUGAAAACAAAAACUGAAAAUCUUAGGUUUUUCAUCUCACUGAAGCUUCAUUUCUAAUGGAUUUAUUUUGAAGGUUAAACCCAUGAAGUUCGAUUUUAAAAUUGUUCUUUGGUGGGUUCUGCUGAAAAUUUAGAAAAUUUGAAAUCCAUUUUGGAUUGUAAAGUUAUGUAUUUGGGUGCAGCAGAAAUGUACGAAUAAUAUGCUGUGAUUAAAGAAGAUGAAUAAAGAAAAGCUAUGAUAGUGAAAUCGAUGCUGAAUGGAUAGAAGUAUUUUUGUAAAGUAUAUAAAAAAGAGGUUAAAGAAAAUGAGAAAAAAUUUUUAAAUGAAGUAAUGAUCUUGAGAAAGUUGAAAGAUAACAAAAACGUAGUCAAGAUAUUGGAAGUGUAUGAAUCAUAACAUAAUUAUUACAUGGUGAUGGAAUAUUUGAAACAUAAACUGGAGUAAUAUUAUACUCAUGAAGAAAAUUAAAUUAUAAUAAAAGAAAUAUUAAAUAUUUUAGACGAUUUGAACAAUAAAUUGAUAGUUCAUGGUCAAAUCAGCCCAAAAAGUUUCAUGUUUGAUAAGGGGAAUGUGGUCAAAUUAAUUAAAUUUAGUGAGGCUAAAAUACUAGAUUAAGUGGAGGGAUUGGAUAUGUUCGAUCUACAUAAAGUAGUUCUGUAUUUAAAUGGUCUGAGUCCAAAUACAGUGGAUUUUGCAAAUGGGAUUUAUCCAGAAAUUGCAUCCCAUGGUACUAACUUUCUGAAAAGUCUUUUGAAUAACACUUAAUACAGGAUUAAUAUCAAACAGGCUCUUAGUCAUCCUUUUUUGUAAUGUGUUGAGAAGGAUCAUCAGAUUGCAAGAGCAGAAAUGAAUUUGAAGUUCAAACAUAGUUUUAAUAAUUUUUAAUGA